AAGCUCUCUAUUGUGUGUGUCAAACUGUCAAGUGUGAAGCAGUGUUUCUUUCUUCACCUUCCAGAAAUAUCAAAGAAAAGAAAAGGCAGAGCUGAAGAAAUGGCCAUGGCAGCAAAAGCAUAUUCGCCUCUUCUCAUCAGAUCCAUGGCUGCUGCCCAAAAACCUCCUUCCACCAGAACUGCUGUCACCUCCAAAAAGAGCGCAUCAUCGAAUCAGCAAGUGAAGCUGCUAACGAGGGUGGAGCAGCUGAGGCUGCUAAGCAAAGCCGAGAGAGCCGGCCUCUUAUCGGCUGCCGAGAAUUCGGGAUUGUCUUUGUCGGUGAUAGAGAGGCUCGGGCUUCUCUCUAAAGCCGAAGAAUUCGGGGUGCUCUCAGCAGCUACAGAUCCAGGAACACCUUCGAGUCUCUUAAGCCUGAGCUUGGCUUUGCUUGCUUUAGGACCUGUUUUUGUGUUUUUGGUGCCCGAAGAUUACUCUUGGGAAAUCGGUUUUCAGGUUGUCGUUGCUUUGAUCUCUGUAGUUGGUGGUUCUGCUGCUUUUGCUGCUUCUAAUCUCGUUUCCACUUUGCAGAAAUCUACUUAGUUCGACAACCUCGUUAAAUUUUUUCUUUUUUUGGGAGAUUUGCACAAGUCAAUUUGUAUUAGAAUUUCAACUUCAUAUAUCAUAUCAUUUGCUAUCAUUUGGAACCAAUAGACAGACUCAUAAGCACUUAUUUGAUAAUAUUUAUAACAUGAGAAUGAUUACAUAAUAUUUAUGAGAUUGUUGAUUUGUUUCAUAGUU